AUGGUGUUCCUUUUGUUGGGGGUGAUGUCGCUGGCGAUAUCGCUAGUGAGUGGCGGAGAUACAGGUUUCAUCUUUCAUGGAUUCCAAUCAGCUAAUUUAAGCAUGGAUGGUCCUUCUUCUGUUUCCUCUAAUGGCCUCCUCCAACUCACCAAUAAAGCUAGGACUCAAAAGGGUCGUGCCUUUUACUCCAAUCCAGUAGUUUUCACAAACACUUCUUCUUUCUCUACUACUUUUGUUUUCGCCAUUAGACCUCAGUAUCCAGCUCCAAGUGAUCUUGGAAUAAUGGCUUUUGUGAUUUCUCCAACAAAAGCAUUUCCAGAUGCUCUGCCCAGCCGGUACCUCGGUGUCUUCAAUGUAGCCAACAAUGGAAACCCCAAUAACCAUGUGCUUGCUGUAGAAUUCUACGCCGUCAAGAACAAUGAGUCUGGGGAUAUCAGUGAUAACAGUUUGAAUUCCAGAAACUCUACUCCGGCCGGAUACUAUGCAAAUAGGUUUCAGUUUCAAAAUUUGAGCCUUGCCAGUGGCCUGCCGAUGCAGGUGUGGGUAGAUUAUGAUGGGGGCAAGAGGCAAAUUAGCGUCACCGUAGCUCCAAUCCAUGUUAACAAGCCCAAAACUCCAUUGUUAAGAUUGUCCCAAGAUCUUUCUCAAAUUCUAGCCAAUGCCAAUUAUGUUGGAUUCUCAUCUUCCAAUGGGCGGCUGACAGCUUUGCAUUACAUUCUUGGUUGGAGUUUCCAGCUCAAUGGGGAGGCUCAAAACCUUGAUGCCCGCAGACUCCCAAAACUCCCACCACAUAGAGGAAACGAACAAUCUCCAGUUGGGUUACCUCUCCUUUCACUUUGUCUAAUUGUUCUUGUUAGUUUACCUAUAGUUUAUUGCAUAUGUUGGAAAUGGAAGUUUUCUGAGAUCGUAGAGGAGUGGGAGCAAGACUAUGGUUCUCACAGGUUCAAAUACAAAGAUCUCUACAUCGCCACAAAGGGAUUCAGAGAGAAGGAGCUUAUAGGUUGUGGUGGAUUUGGAAAGGUGUACAAAGGAACAAUGCCUGGUUCGAAAGUUGAGGUUGCCGUGAAGAAAGUAUCCCAUGAAUCCCGACAAGGCAUGAGGGAAUUCAUAGCAGAAAUUGUGAGUAUCGGUCGUCUGCGCCAUCGAAACCUUGUAUCUCUUUUGGGAUAUUGCAGGCGAAAAGGUGAGCUUCUUUUGGUUUAUAAUUUCAUGCCAAAUGGAAGCUUAGAUAAGUACCUCCACAACCAACCCAAAGUGACACUAAAUUGGAUGCAAAGAUUUAGAAUCACCAAAGGGGUAGCUUCGGGAUUAUGCUAUCUGCAUGAAGAAUGGGAGCACGUUGUGGUGCAUAGAGAUAUAAAAGCAAGCAAUGUAUUGCUAGAUUCAGAGUUCAAUGCCAGGUUAGGAGAUUUCGGUCUUGCAAGACUAUAUGACCAUGGCAGUGAUCCUCAAACUACAAAACAUGUGGUUGGGACAUGGGGUUAUCUAGCACCAGAGCAGACAAGAACAAGGAGAUUCACGACAAAGUCAGAUGUUUUUGCUUUUGGGGCCUUUCUGCUUGAGGUUGUGUGUGGAAGAAAGCCCAUAGAGCAAGUAAAUGAAGAUGAGUGUGUGAUUUUAGUAGAUUGGGUUUAUGAGUUAUGGAAUAAGGGUGAGAUUAUUGAGGCAAAGGAUCCAAAUUUAGGAACAGAAUAUCCAGCAGAAGAGAUAGAGUUGGUGCUGAAACUUGGACUGUUGUGUUCAAGUUGCCAACCAGUGAGUAGGCCAAGCAUGCGUCGAGUUGUGCAAUAUCUAAAUUGGGAAAUGCCUUUGCCUGAUUUGUCAUCUUUAAGCUUAUAUUCUACUUCUCUAGGCUUAUCAUUUGGGAAUUAUGGCCUUUGUGAUUCCACUGCCUCCGUUCCAUCUCACGUUGAUCAAUCUUUCUCUCACUGUUCAGUAGCUGAAUCAUUGCUCUCUGGAGGUCGUUGA